CUAUUCCCACCUCUCGCCAAGGUUAUCUUGCCCUUUUUUUUUCUCACUUGGAAUCCUUGUGUUGACCUUUUACGAAUUCUCCCAUUUAUAUAACCCUUAAUAUUAUUUAAGCUACCUCUAUAUUUUAAAGCCUAUUUUUACACACACACAUACAUAUAUAUAUAUAUACAUAUAUACAUAUAUACCUAUAUUUUAACUUUGUCAAUGUCGAAUACAGACUUUCUUGCCAAAGCCAUUGAAAUUGUCAAAAAGGCCACAGAUGAAGAUCACAAAGGGAACUAUAAGGAAGCUUAUGGUCUCUAUCAGAAUGCUCUCGAGUAUUUCAUGACAGCUAUAAAAUAUGAAAAGAAUGAUCGUUUCAGGGAACCUAUCCGAAAGCGCUUUGUUGAAUAUCUGGACAGAGCGGAAAUGUUGAAAGAACUUUUGAAUGAAAACGACCGGAAGAAACAACAGGAAUCUGUAGGUGCCAACGGUGGUAGCAAAAAGAAAAAGGCAGAGACAGGCAGUGAUGACGGGGAAGAGGAUGCAGAUAUGAAGAAGAUGCGUUCUAAUCUUACAGGCGCAAUUCUGACAGAAAAGCCAAACGUAAGCUGGGAUGAUGUCGCAGGUUUGGAAGGUGCCAAGGAAGCUAUCAAAGAAGCAGUUAUUUUGCCCAUCAAAUUCCCUCACUUUUUCACUGGCAAGCGUAAACCCUGGAGAGGUAUUCUGCUUUACGGCCCCCCAGGUACCGGAAAAUCAUUCCUGGCAAAGGCUGUGGCCACAGAGUCCAACUCGACAUUUUUCUCCGUUUCUUCCUCCGAUCUGGUAUCUAAAUGGCUUGGUGAGAGUGAGAGACUCGUAAAGCAAUUGUUCCACAUGGCACGUGAGAGCAAGCCAGCGAUUGUCUUUAUUGAUGAAGUUGAUUCGUUGUGCGGUACUCGUGGUGAGGGCGAAUCUGAAGCAUCCCGUCGUAUCAAAACAGAAUUCCUUGUUCAGAUGAACGGUGUUGGUAAUGACAUGGACGGUGUUCUUGUGCUUGGUGCAACCAAUAUUCCCUGGGCGCUUGAUAAUGCUAUUCGAAGAAGAUUCGAAAAGCGUAUCUAUAUCCCCCUUCCAGACGCACCUGCCCGUGCUCGUAUGUUCCAACUCAAUGUUGGAUCCACCCCUUGUAGCCUCACUCCGGCCGACUACAAGCGUCUUGCUGAAAUGACAGAAGGUUACUCUGGAUCUGAUAUUUCCAUUAUUGUGAGAGAUGCACUGAUGCAACCCAUUCGCAAGGUUCAGUGUGCUACGCACUUUAAAUGGGUGAAUGCCCCCUCAAGGCAUAAUCCAGACGAGAUUACACCUCAUUUGACACCCUGCUCUCCUGGUGACCCUGCAGCAGAGGAGAAGUCUUGGAUGGAUGUAGAUACAGAUCAGCUUCUGGAACCUGAAUUGACUGUUCAAGAUUUCUUAAAGGCUGCCCAGACCACCCGUCCAACGGUCAACCAUGCCGAUAUCCAGCAACAUAUUCAAUUUACAAACGACUUUGGCCAAGAAGGAUAAAAACUGUUAUAUGAAGAAUAUUAACUAUUAAAGAAAAAUAAUGGAAUGUGUGUAUACGAAAUAUUUUACAAAACAGCCAAUUUUCUUUUCUCUCUGUUUCCCUUGUUUUUUUUAGUAAGGUUGUGACAAUGUAAACCACAUAAAUAUAGUCUUAAUAUAUUCAUAUAGAACGU